UCUUGUAUAAAAACAAUCACUACAUGGUGUUUACUGAGGAGGAAAAGGGAGUUCCCUACUAGGAUUUAUUUCCAUCCUAAGUCUACAUUCUGCUGCCCUAUGGACUCUGAGGAAUGAACUGCUUAUUCAAGGAUGCUGGAGACAUCGGGACCCUGCUGGCAUCCUGCUCCCCCCCAAAACAGCAAAAUGGCAACUGAGUAAGAUGCUUCAUCAGGAGCUCCGCUACCAAACAUCAGAUAAAUGUCCUUACCUCGGCAUUUGCGGUGACGCGCUGAAGGGAACAUGCACACCCUUUUAGUCUGCCUUGGAGGACAAGAAUGUGUCAUCUCAUACAAAUCAUAGAUUCCUGGAAUUGCGUGUGUGUGCAUCAUUCUCGUGUGACUAUAAAGCAUCUGUCUGACUGAAUUCCAGGCAUUGCUCUAGUUUAUUCUGGAAGCCUGCCAGAAAUGGCUGAAGAAGUUACCUAUGCUGACCUGAAAUUUAUUACACUGGAGCAGAAAAAGGAGGUGUUCCAGAAGAACAAAACCAAAGUAUACCACUAUUGGCGACCUACAGCUGUGACAUUUGGGAUCGUCUGCCUCAGUCUCAUUGGAACAGUUGUGACUCUGAGUUUCAAGGUUAUGCAGGCAUCGUAUGUAUUGAGCAAUCAGAAUGAAAACCUGACCCUGCAGAAGAAGACCUUGGAAAACUUAUUCACACAGCUGCAUAUUCUGCAAGCCCAGAAACUAAACCUUUCAGAGAUUGUAAAACAACUCUCCAACUACAGAGAUUAUAAAUGCAGUCCUUGUCCAGAGAGGUGGGUACAGCGUGGAGAGAACUGCUACUUCUUUUCAACCAAAUGGAACUCUUGGGAAGAAAGCAAAGCACAGUGUGCUGCACUUAGCUCCAGACUUCUUAAAAUAGAGAGUAAGGAGGAACUGGAAUUCAUACUUGAGUCAGCACAGGCCUACAAUUCUUUCUGGAUUGGUUUAUUCCACAGUAGAGCUGAUGGUCCUUGGUUAUGGGAGGACAAUAGCACCUUUGCAACUGACCUGUAUAAUAUUCCUGACGUCAGCUCCAGUAAUUAUCCCACCUGUGUGUCUAUUCUGGGUGGGAAUCUAAUUGCAUCUGAUUGUUUGGGGUACCGAUUCUGCAUCUGUGAGAAAGUGGCCAGGCAAUCCUAACCAUCAGUAAGGUGUAGAAUUUCAGCUACUGAUUCCAACUGAACAAGCUCAUUCAUCAAUAAUAAUGUCAGAUGAUAUGAACAUUUGUUUUAUGCACAUACCAGCUUUGCAGUGACAACCUGCACCUUCUUUCAUUGCAUUCCCUCUCUUGUCUUGCACACUUCCAAGCAGAUUCUACCAAGAAAACUUCAGAAAAAGCCAUGGAUUACACUAUCGAUGUGUUGCUUAAUUAAUGAAAAGAUGGUGCCCAUUUCGGUUGAGAAUAAGGGGGAGGGUCUACAAGUAGGCAGAAACCAGGGUAACAAUAGGAAAAGAUAACAAAGCUGGAGAGUGGUAGAGGGCCCAUAAUUUCCUUGUAUUUGCAUUUUUUUUAAAAUGCCAAUUGUUUCUGAGUCACUUGGUACCUUUUCCACUUCAGUCUAUGCUUCAGGUUCCAAGGCAGCUCUGAGUUUUGCAUUUAUGGCUAUAUCCGAACCCUACGAGAGAUUAAGCCUACUAAAUUGUAGGCAUAUCUAAGGGAGUUUUGUACAGGGCACCUUUAACUUUUCACUAUUUAAAAACCAAAGGAAUUUAUAAUCUUUUUAUUUUCUACCAGAUGCAAUUUGCAGGCAUGUCCUAACAACAUGCAGCCUGUCAACAUUCACAAUAAUAGCUGUGGAAUAACAAAAAUUACAGAGGUAUAGUUGGUAAUGGUGGAAAAAGAGACCAUGGAUCUCCAGGAAAGACAUGGGUCUCCAGGGAAAACGUUACAUUCCUAGUAAGGAUGCAGUUCCCCCAAGGUAAUUAGUGUGUAGGGAGGUAUUCUCUUCUGCAGAUACAUUCUCUUUUUCCUUUCUCGGUUGGAAUGGAAGAACGCCAUAAAAUGUCAACCACCUGCAAGGACAAGGGAUGGUGAUGGUGGGCUUCUUCCGCACCUCCAUGGAUUUAAUUCAAAUCUCUCCAUUGACUUGGGUGAAGUACAGAUCCAUGUGAAAAACCAACACUACCCUACAUAAAAUCUCUGUGCUUAGAAUGCUCUGAGAAAAUAAUUCACUGUGAAUAAAAUCUAGAGUCGGAGUUGUUAUAUGGAAAGUAAGUAUAAAAUGUAUUUGCAAUAA